AUGGCGGCCGCGUUGGAGUCAUCGAUGGACCGGCGAUUUCAGGGAGUCUCCAACACGAUGGAGUCCAUCCAGGGAUUGUCCUCGUGGUGCAUCGAGAACAAGAAGCACCACAGCCUCGUCGUGCGCUGCUGGAUGAAGUGGCUGAAGAAAUCGGAUGCCCAUCACAGGCUCAAUCUCUUCUACCUCGCUAAUGAUGUCAUUCAGAACUGCAAAAGGAAGAACGCUAUCAUUUACCGAAACACCUUCGCCGAGGUGCUGCCAGACGCCGCCCUGCUGGUCAAGGACGCUAAAGUGUGUAAGUCAGUGGACAGGAUCUUCAGUAUUUGGCAGGAGAGGAACAUUUAUCCUGAGGAGCUGAUCUCUGAGCUGAAGGCCAGUCUGCAGAAGAAAGAGAAGGAGAAAGAGAAAGAGAAGGAGAAGAAGGAGAAAGUGAAAGAGCAACAGCCUUCUCCUGCCCCAGUCAACCCCAGAACUGCUCUGAAGUCUAAAAUUGUUGCAGAGUUUGUACCGCAGGAUUUUGUGGAGCAGUUAAUGUCUUACAAGAACUCUCUGGACGAGAGUGAUUUAAGAGAGAAGCAGCUAGCUGCUCUCAGAGUGGACGUCUGCAGCACAGAGGCCCUCAAAAGGUUAAAAGAUAAAGCAGGAGGGAAUACGUUCUCAAAGGACUUUGAGGAGGGAAGCACAAAGCUGCAGGAAUUUGUGACGUUCCUGGAGGGCCAGAUAAAAGCAGGACCCCCGCUGCUGGAGGCGCUGGGAAACGCAGACAUCUUUUACGAGAUGCAAUACAAAGAGGUCAAAAUUGUUGCAAAUGCGUAUAAAGCUUUCGCCAAUCGCGUCAGUAGCCUGAAGCGUAAGCUGGAUGCGCUGAAGGCCACAUUGCCCGGUCUGGAUGACUCUCCCAUCCCUUCCCCCUCUGAAGAUGCCCCGUCCCCCAACGGCUCAGAGUCACCCUUCCAUGGCAUGAGCUCCAGGAGAGGUUUGGGAAGUGGGGAUGGAAACGGAGGGAGAGGUUUGGAGCCACAGAAGGACAACAGAGAUAUAGAAGACAUGGACAUGUCUGAGGAAGAGGAAACGAAGGCAAAUGCUGGAAUCGUUGUUGAUGAGAGAAAAGAGAUGUCAAGUCUUCCAUCUGUGUCCAAGAUUACGAAUGAUACAGCAACAAAAAGCUCUCACAUCACUGCUUCUAAACCAUCCCAGAUUUUAGCAACUCCAACAAAGACGGUGUCUGUGUCAUCAACCAAUCAAACGCCUCCAGCAAACACCACACCCAUUAUGACCACACCUGUACCUGCCCCUGUCGUUAGCCCCUCCCCCCUACAGGUGAACUUGGCCAAUGUGGAUCUGGGCAAGAUCAGCUCCAUUCUGAGCUCGCUCUCCAAUGCAAUGAAGACCACUGGCGUCAGUCCUGUGUCCCGUCCUUCCCCUGGCACACCUACUACACCAUCCAGCCAUGCUGCCUCCUCCAAAGCCCCUCCUUUGACCCCUGGCAGCAUUCCCUCAUCAAAUCCUCUGGCUAGCAUCUUGUCUAAAGUGGAUUUCUCCCCCGAGAACAUCCUGAAUGUCCUCACAAAAACACAGACUCACAGCCCCAACCUGCAGGGUUUGUCUUCUCUCCUUUCAUCAGCUCGUUCAGGCGCUCUCACCACUCCAGACCCUGUUCCGUCUUCAUCUGCCUCUUCUUCAUCAUCUUCAGCUGUCACCACAGCUGCAGCGACCUCCACCACAACCACUCAGAAGGCCCCAAAGCCCACAUGCAACAAUUUCAAGCGAGAGUCUGAACGAGAGAAAGGGAGAGAGUGGGAGAAAGUAAAAGAGAGGGAAAGAGAAAAAGAAAGGGAACGAGUUAAAGAGAGAAAGAAAGAAAGUGAGACCGAGGCUGUGGUAGUGCCCAGCCUGGAGUCUAAGAUCAAGAGUUUCCUCCAGGGAAAUCCUGGUUUCAGCGCUCUCGGACUUGGCUUGGAUGAGGCGGGCAGCAAUAGCCCUCUUCUCGUCGGUGGGGAUAACCUGGAUGACACCCCUGUCCGAGAUGAGAGCGGCAGCACGCCCACCCAAGAUGAAAUUAUGGACACGCCCCAUGAACUCAGUGAACCCCAGAGUGCAAGUCUGUCUGGAGGUCAUAACCUUUCACCCACAGCCUAUCACAGUGACCCCUGGGAUGCCGUGAUCACUCCACGAGAAGCACUGGGAGAAAACGGGAGGAAAGACAGGGAUUACCGCACACCACCACCCUCGCGACUUGCCGCCUUUAGCCCAAGUGCGACUAAACCAGUCAAGGCCAUGACUAAAACCAAAGACGUAGAAGGGUCGAAGAGAAAAGUAUCGGGUUUGAAUGUUCCAUCAGCUGCCAUAGUGCAGGAUUCGAAAAUAAAGGCAAAGAUGUACGGAGAUGGAGAGAAAAAUGCAUCCUCCCGCAGGCCAAAUGGAGGAUCCGACGUUAGGAGGAAAGACAAGGAAAGGAAAGCUUCAGCUGACAAUGGAGACCACUACCAUCGCAUUGAGACUCUUGUUUCUUCAUCCUCCAGUGAGGGAGCACCAAUCGAAACCCUUGAUUAUGGCAACCGCAUCCAAACUGUGGAAAGCAUCCGCGUGGUUGGGAGAGUCCUGAGAAGAGGGAGCAGUGCGGGUUCUAGAGUGGGCGGGGACUGGUAUGAAGAGGAGGAGUUUAUGGAAGCCCUGCCUCCACAUCGCCCUGCUUGUCGCAGCCAUGAGAGUUCUGAGGAGUUGGGAUUGGUCCCUCCUCUUCCUGCUCACCUUCCGCCCCCUUCGCAGUAUCCACCUCCUGCCUAUCCAAACAAAGACCCCAUACGACCUUCUCAUGGCAUUCCUCAACACCAUCCUCCCCCUCCGUUUUUUCCCUCUUCCAUUCCUCCAGUCCCACCGCCCCUUCCUCCCAUCCCUCAAGCCCCACCUCCUUCCAGAGACUUCUGCCUUUCCUCAAACUCCACUGUUAUGGUCGGAGGGGUCCUUGUACCGAUAGACCGAGUCCUACCCUAUCCACCUGCCAACCUCCAUCCUGAUGGAGCGGGGCAUGGAGGUAGCGGUGGUAGUGCCCCUCCCAGAGGCGGCAAACCCCAACUCCCUUCCUUGUUAGGAGACCCCCCUCGCCAAGGCACAGUGAAAGAGCAGUUCGUCUUGCACCACACCCCACCUCUUCACCGGCCCGGCACCCCGGGAGUUCCUCCACCCCUCCUGGGCAGAAUUCGAGAGGGACCCAGUCCCACACCACCAUCACCCUCUACCCCAACCACACCUACUCCUUCAUCCCCAGCUGGGGAACCCCAUCCUCAUUUGUCUGCCCCCAACCGCCUACCCCUCCACACCCCAAAUCAAAGACCCCGCCGCCCUUCCUCCCCUCAGCCCCUCCUCCAAUUACCAAACCAGCAUCACGCACGUCGUUCCCCACAGUUUCCCAGAGGUUCCUUGCCCCUUAACCGUGAACCCCUUCUACCUGGGACAAAGCGCCCUGCUGCUGGUUUCGGCAGUGGGCCUUUCAACCCACCCAAAAGACCUUUUCUGCCCCCUCGAUAUUAGCAUCUCAGAAUGAGUGCUAAGCGUGAAAUAGGAAGUGUAGCAAGUUGCAUUACCUGCUAAUCUCGGCGUGAGAGUUAUACUGCAUGUAAAUACACAUGCUCCUGCUCCAUGUUACAGCACUACUCUUCUCAGUGAAGGAAGGUUUUGGAUGCCCUAAAGAUGAACUAGGAGGAGGAGAAUGUGGAGAUCCAGAAACAUCCAUGGAAUAUGAAAAGGUGUUUAUCCAGUGUAAUGUGAGAGAGUGGUUGUUAAGUGUGUGUGUGUGUGUGUGUGUGUGUGGUUUAUGGAAGACUUGUAAGUAGAAACGCGAUAUCUCUUUCCUUCUAGUAACUGUUACUUCACUUCUCCACCGUAUAACACUUGCUUUGCUUUUUUCUUUCUUUUUGAUGUAAAAUACUAGUUUAUGCCGUUGAGGGGUUACAGAUAAGGUUUUUUUUUUGGUUGUUGGGGGGGGGUUGUCAAUUUUUUUUUUUUUUUUUUUUUUUUUUUUUUUGUCUCUCAACCUGUUACUCUUUGACUUUGUGCGCAAAGCCAGUGGAUUUCAACUUUUAUUCCUGAGUGAUUAAAUUAUUGACAAAGAUGUAAUGCUAGGCAACCAUAAUGGCUUGUAGUGAUAAAAAAAAAAUAUCCACUUUAUCAGCUUUCACCAAGAUGUGAAGAUGUAGGCUCACAGUGCGUACAGUAUAAGCUAACCAAGUGUUCAAGGCAUAACUACUCGGUAGUUUUCCAGUGCUUUUCAAGAGUACUUUCCAAUUUUUUUUCUUUUUCUUGAUAGAGUUCUUACAUGUGUUCUGAUUAAUAAAAGCAUUGUGACAAGAAAUAUUACUGAAAGGAAGGAGACUAUUCUAUUCUUUGCAGGUGGUCUCAUACUUUGUUCAAGAACAAAUGUACCUGGAUUCUUUUCUGUCAUUUUGUUUUGCUCUCCUGUAAGUCUUCUAACUUCAUGAUGUCCAACGUGUUUACAGGAAUGUGCAGAGUUUGAAUACACCGCUCUGAAUAUUAUGUCUAAUCGAUAGUUGAGGAAAGAAUUAGUUUGGUUUCAUUACUUUCAGGUUUCCAUUGUAUCGGUUAAUCUUUAAAGUCAGUUCUUCGUCUCGAGGAUGUAAGAUAAUGACCGUUAGUUUAACCCUUUAUCAUGUACACAUGAUUGUAAUGUGUGAGUUCCUGUCUUUGUGUUCUACACAAGCCACACUUUCAUGCAUUGCAUUUUCAGAAUGUGAUGUACCAUACAUUGUUCGUAAAGCAAAAGCAAACAGUACUGCUUUUCAACAAAAUGUCUGACAAUUUAAAUGUGAAUAUUACAUGUAUAUUGUUGUAGUUCCCAUGCAUUGUGUAAGAAAAAAAUAGUUGAAAUCUUUCUUCAAGUGCUGACGUUGAAUAUUUGA